CCCAGAUCCCCCGCAUCGAUUCCCCCCCGUUCUCGUUCCCCUCCCCUCUCUCUCCCUCUCCCGCCGAUACUGGGGCUAGGGUUGGCGCCGCCGCCGCUUCCCGCCUCCCUCCGCUGCCGCAUCCCGCUGCGCAGAGCGGCCCCUCCUAGAUCCUGACGACGUCCCGUGCUCCGCCUCCGCCCGGACGCGACGGCCAGGUCCGGCUCCGGCCCCGUCUCCAUCACCUUCCAGCACCUCCUGCCGAGCCCCUCCAGGACGCCGAGCACCACCGCUGAGAGGCAGCAGAGUUAGUAUGUCUAUCGCAGAUGAGACGCUUAGGGCGGAGUCGAGAAUGACGGUGGUCUUUGGUGCCUUGACAUCUAAACCGGAGCCACUGACGUUUGAAGAGUCCCUCAGAUUUGUCAAGAAAGUGAAGGCUCGCAACUACAUGUUAUACCUGUCGUUGUUUGACAUCCUUGGCAGGAUGGAGUUAUCCCGUCUCGAGGCCUACGGAGCGUUACAGCUCCUAUUCCGAGAUCACCCUGAUCUGUGCGAAGAGCUUGAGAAAUUCAGACCCCCUAUGCCCACGAAACACGCAGCCAACAACAUCUGGCCCUGGGUUUUCGUGUGCGCCGUCCCGCUGGUCGCAGUAAGCCUGAUCCCGGGAUUCGGGAACCCGGUGCUGUGGUUCGUCCAGCAAACACUUGGCGAGAAAAUGCCGGCAUGAUUCUGCCGGGUCGUCAGCUGGCUACAGUUGCUUGCGGUACAUACAUGUAACCAAUAAUGUAAUUAAGUGAUGCACCGUCUGUGUGUGUGUGUGUGUCUGUGUCUGUGUCUGUGUCUGUGUCUGUGUAUAUAGUUAGAGGGACAUGCCGGGACGUAAAUUUGGUGCCAUUGGGCCUCAGUUAGGCACUUGACAGAAAUUUGGUCACGAACAUUCAGUCUCAAAGUGCUGUACGUUGCAACAAAGAUUACCAUAUUCAGUUGCAUUUUAUGGCAGUACUGCAGAUUGAAGCUGAACA